AUGGACCAUGCUAAGUCUAAUAUUAGGGGAACACAUGAGCACGGGUAUGCAGUGCUUAAUGUGUAUUGUUAUAUGCUUGAAGUUGUAAAUCCAGGAAGCAAGACGGCAUUGUCGCUCAACGAAAAUGGGAGGUUCAAGUACUUCUUUGUAUCAUAUGCCACUUGGAUAACUGGUUUUCAAGAAAUGAGAAAAGUAAUAACCGUUGAUGGGACAUUCCUGAGGAGCAAGAAUAAAGGAGUUUUGCUAUCGGCGAUGGCACAAGAUGCUGAGAAUCAUAUAUUUCCAGUGGCUUUCUGUGUUGUGGACAAGGAAUGUGAUGCCUCAUAUGAAUAUUUUUUUCAAAAUAUGAGAAGCUUUGUAGAUGAUACUGAUGAGUUGUGCAUUAUUUAUGAUAGGCAUCCAACAAAGGCGUAUGAUAGAUGUGAGUUCAAUGACCAUUUCAGUCAAAUAAGAGCUUUGGUACCAAAGGCGGUUGAAACUCUUGAACGUAUUGGAUUCCACACAUGGAGCAAGCCAUUUUGCCUGGGAAAUAGAUAUAGCAUUAUGACGUCAAACAUCGCGGAGUCAGCGAAUGCUAUGUUUGAUGUUGAAAGAGAAUUUUCCAUUGUCGCUAUAUUUGAUGAAAUAAACAGGAGAUUUACACUUUUAUUUCACCAGAGGCGUAUGGAGUUGGUGAACUCUGCAAAUAGAUUUGUUCCCUCAAUUGAAAAAGACAUAUCAAAGUAUAUCAACGCGGGCAACAAGUUGUUGGCUCAUCAAAUCGCUAACUACAAGUUUAGUGUCACUGAUCAUGGUGAUGUUGCUACAGUGGAUCUACAAAGAAGAACUUGUACUUUGUAG